GGGCUCGGUUCAACACGCGCCCCGCCCACACUGAACCGCUGAUUGGCAGACAGCUGGUCUCGGUCCGCGCGCGGCACGGCGAGUUUCGGCCAAUGAGUUGGCGAGGCUGAGCACAGUAGGCGUGCCAGUGUUUGCGUCAGCAGGAGGGAGAGGGAGUGGACUAUCCUUGGCUGGCUGUGAAAGCAUCAAUGGCGUCCAGUUACCCGUAUGGGCAGGGUUACCCUGGAUCUGCAGGACAACCACCAGGUGCUCCCCAGGGGGGCUAUCCAGGUGGCCAGUAUGGAGGUGGGCCAACUCCUGGGGCCCCCUAUGGAGGACCAGCACCCGGUGGUCCAUAUGGACCAUCAUCUAGUGGAGGACCGUAUGGCCACCCAGCCUCUGCCCCCCCAGGGAAUAUGUAUGGAGGAGGCCCAGCACCAGGAGGGCCUUAUGGGCAACCAUCUAUUAAUCCAUACGGCGCCCCUCAGCCUGGACCGUACGGGGCAGGAGGUCCUGGCGCAGGUGCUGUCCCCCCUGGUGUGGACCCAGAAGCCUUCUCCUGGUUCCAGAGUGUGGAUUGCGACCAUAGCGGCUACAUCUCCCUUAAAGAGCUCCGGCAGGCCCUCGUCAACUCCAACUGGUCUGCCUUCAAUGAUGAAACUUGUUUGAUGAUGAUGAACAUGUUUGAUAAAACCAAGUCUGGACGGAUUGACCUCUAUGGCUUCUCAGCCCUGUGGCGCUUCAUCCAGCAGUGGCGGAACCUCUUCCAGCAGUACGACCGUGACCGGUCAGGAAGCAUUAAUUACAACGAGCUGCACCAAGCACUCUCUCAAAUGGGAUAUAACCUGAGCCCUCAGUUUUCCCAGCUGCUGCUGUCACGGUACUCCCAAAAGGCCACCAACCCUGGCAUCCAGUUGGACCGCUUCAUCCAGAUCUGCACCUUGCUCCAAAGCAUGACCGAAGCCUUCCGGGAGAAGGAUACCAGCAUGACAGGCAAUGCCCGGAUCAACUAUGAAGAUUUCCUUACAAUGUCAGCCACUCGCAUGCUGUGAUGCAGUUUGUGAUCAUGGGGAUGUCAGAGGUUUGUGGUGCCUGUAUAAGAGAGCCUUGGUAUUUCUAGCAGAAACCCAGAAUCAAGAGCCAGUGCAGAAGACCAGUAGGCCACUCUCUGGAGAAUGCUGGAUGGCAGAGCCAAAUGAAGCCACCCUCUUUUGUUGAUUUGCAUGAUGCCAAAUGCUUAUCAGAUGGAUUCUUUGAAAGUAUGGUAUGAUUGGUUUGAACUGAUUGUAAUAAUAAUCUGCCAUGAAGAAGCUCCACUAGGGGGCCAGUGACAGCCCAGAGCCAAAAUACAUACUGUGAUGCAUUCCACAAGGGCCACUGCAGCCUGCAGAAAUUGCAGUUCUUUCUCCCUUCUCUCCCCUCUCCUAAACCUUCAAUCUCACUUUGUACUGCAGCUUCAGAAAAAGCUGUUGACUACCCCUUCUGGAGUUUGUGUGCCGUGACUGAGUAAGAAUCUGCCUUGGGCAAUCUUGAUUCGCUAAAGCAGAAAAACAAUACCAGAGGGAGAGCAUGGGUGUGUGUCUGUAUGGAAUACAUUUGUGUCUGACAGCAGUUGAGAUUCCUGUAUUGCUUGCCACACGUUCUAUAUGCAGUUCCCCUUUUUGCCAUUAAGCAGUCGUAAGACUGUUGGCCAAGAUGUCUGAUUCCUCCAGAGGUCCUUUCCGCCUGAAGCUUUAGUGGUCCUCCAAUCAGUGCUUUGCCCCAGAUUUUUCCUUUAAAGCACUGAAGUACAAGUUGCUUUUUUUUUGGCCGACAACCAAUUCAGCUCCUUCUGGGUUUUUGUUUUGUUUUUGUUUGUUUUCUUCUCCAGUAGACAACCUUUUGCUCUUGAUUUUUUUUUGUAGAGGCCAACAUUUUGUAUUUAUACAGAAUUUGUAUUUAUACUCUCCAUUAAAGAGUUCUGUGCAAUU